CGAUAUAAACAAAUGAUUACAUUUACUGUAAAAGAACUUAAAAUGCUUCAAAGAAAAUCAGAGUAGGUAUCGAUUACUAUUCGCGUACUAAUGAAAAGCCUGAAGACACCCACGGGUUCCUGGAUGGAAAGGGUUCAAACCGUGGAAAUAAGGAGUUUGAACCGUUAGCGCAAUAAAGAAUACUUGGAAAAUGUACCCACGAGUUGGGUUGGGAUAGGGAUCUAUGCUAAACGAGCCUUAUCGAGUUUAUUCAUCGAUGUACAGUCAGUUGAAGUACAGCAACGCGGUAAAGCGAAACGAUCUACGUAAUCCUGGGGCUUGGUGAACUGGUAGCUGUUCUCCAUUGGCCGACGGAGGAAGGCAGGUAGAUACAUAAUUACGUUCGGCUGGAGGUGGAAGCGACGACACAGGUAGGGGAGCGAAAGUGAACACAGCUCCAAGAAUGGGCAGGAAGAGACGAGGCUCCUUGAGCCAGCGGCAUAAAGUUUGACGGAUAGUAGCGUGGGUGCUCUUCGUUAUCAAUCGUUCUCCACCGAUCGUUGGGAUCGACUGGCUUCGAUCGGGAUUUAUCGUAUCAGAGUCCGAGGAAAAUGAAAGUGGACGGGACUCGAUCGGAAGGCUGGCCGGUCGAAUGAGGUUUACCCGUGGAUUCCAAAGAGAGAAACGCAGCGUGCGCAAGGUUAUGAGCUUGGUUCGAUCACUGGCACGUUCCAGUGUCUGGCAGUGAUUCCUCGCUGACAUGCACGCGGCCCCCGCUGCAAGGAAUUUCAAAGUCUCGGUGCGUAAUCAUAAUCGGUUCUGUCGCGGGCCCGUGCUGACGUGAACGAUCAUCCUUGAACGAUCCGGGACGAUGACGCGAAAGUUGAGCAAAUUUUUGAUACUGUUCGACAACACGAACCUGUUGUACUUUCCCGGUCACUUUCUGUCGGGCCGUGUGCUCAUCGAACUGGACGACGAGGCCUAUGUUUCAGGUUUGCAUUUUCAUGUGAUCGGAGAAGGAGUAGUGCGUGUACGCAGCCAACGCGCCGAGAGGGUCUACGACAAAGAGAACUACAUUGAUUUUCGUAUGAGAUUGCUGGGUGAGCCAGGAGAGGGACCGUCGCUGCUAUCGCCGGGUAUCCACAGCUUUCCAUUCAAAUUAGGCUUACCCCUGGGCCUGCCGUCUACCUUCCUGGGUAAACAUGGCUGGGUACAAUAUUAUUGCAAGGCUGCACUCCGCGAGCCCGGCGGUUUGACGCACAAGAACCAGCAGGUCUUCAUCGUGAUGAACCCCAUCGAUCUGAAUUUGGAGCCGCCAAUCCUCGCGCAACCAGCGAGGCAAGAAAUAGAGCAGAGAGUCGGAGUCUCCUGCGUGUCCGGUGGCCCUGUAUUCUGCAGGGUGAGUCUCGAUAGAGGCGGAUACGUACCUGGCGAGACUAUCGGCAUUUCAGCCACUGUCAGCAAUCGGAGCAAAGUGACGAUAAAAUCGACGAAAGCAUCGUUGACCGAGACGAUUCAGUACUUAUGCCGUGGCAAAGUGCUAGCGAGCGAGACGAGAGAAUUAGCGAGCGUUUCCAGGGGUAAAAUUCGCCCGGGCGAAGGCGAGGAGUGGUUGAACGAACAGAUGUACGUACCACCCCUGCCGCCUACCAAUCUCCGUGGCUGCCAUCUCAUCAACGUCCUUUAUCACGUCUAUUUUGUGAUAAGCCCGAAGAGCUUGGAUAAAGAGAUUAAGCUUCAAAUACCAAUCGUCCUGGCCACUUAUCCUCUAAGACAGGAAGGUGCACCAGCAGGGACCGCGCCUUCGAAAAGAGGCGCGCAUUACCCGUCAACGUUGCCGAUAUUUCGGCCGUGGCUCGACGACAAAGCAUUCGAAAUACAAGAGUGAAGGUCGGAUCAACUUUCACACUUGUGACGGCGGUAUUGUAAAUUGAAGAAAGUUAAUACGCUUAUAACAAAACUUAUACUCGAAUCAAACUCACAAGUCAGCUAAACGAGAUUCGUUUAGUAAAAAGAAGUAAUUAAACGUACUUAUAAACGAAUCAACUUCGUUGAUAUCUUGUAAAUGUCUAUGACUAGUUAAAAAUAUUUAUGAUACUUUUAAUACUUAAAAAAGUAUUGCAGAUAAUAUUUCGAACGAGGAUGUUAAGUGUAAAAAUGAACAGAGCGGUUUUAAAUGCUGAAAAUAAUCUUAUUAUUAACGAAUCAUUUUUACGAGGUAACAAUUGUAUAAAGAUUCUAUUUUAUUGUAUAAAAUAAUCAAACAUGUUCGUGUAUUGAAGUGAUGGCCAUAUUUAUGUACAGUAAAUAUGUCUUAUUAUUAAGAGGAGUAUAACAUUACGAAUAUUAAAAAAGAAAUAAUCAUUAUGAUGAAAAAAUGGGAA